AUGCUUGAAAUGUCAGAAAAGCCAGAAGUUACAAAGAAAUCAACUCGUUUUAUUUUUGACCAGUCAAAGAAUGAACGCUUCACAAUUCAACUGGGUUUCCGACAACUUCACCGACGACUAAAAAAUAGUUGGAAAGUUGAUAUAAACACAGAUGAAAUUACAAAAGAAACUUUCGAAGACUGUCGCGUUUUUAUUAUUCCUCAUCCAUUAAAGAAGUUUACCCAAGAAGAGUUUGAAAGUAUUCGAUGGUUUCUUGAGAACGGUGGUAGCGUAAUCGUAUUUAUGAGUGAAGGCGGUGAAGUGAGCUCACAGACCAACAUCAAUCAUUUUCUUGAAGAAUUUGGAAUUGUUUUCAACCAAGAUGCUGUAAUAAGAACAAUAUUUCACAAAUAUUUUGAGCCAAAAGAAGCGCUCAUAUUUGAUGGAAUUCUGAACAGAGCAAUUAGUCAGGCAGCUGGAGCUGUAAGCAGCAAUGCUGACGAUAAUAAUAACUCCCAGGCUUUGGCAAUACUCUAUCCGUUCGGUUCAACGUUAAAUGUCAGUAAAAAAUCGUUAUCCGUACUUUCCACUGGAAGUGCUUGCUAUCCAGCAUGUCGGCCUAUUUGCGCUUUCCACACAACAGAACACUCAAACGGAAAACUAAUUGCACUAGGUUCAGUACAUAUGUUCACGGAUGGCUAUAUUGACAAGGAGAAAAAUUAUAAAUUAUGGGAAGUUAUGGCAACAUUUUUAACCGAAGGGCUCGAACUGAAUCUGCUGGACAGUACAGAGCCCGAUUUAAUGGAUGACCACUGUAUUCCAGAUCAUAUAGAACUGUCCACACAAGUUAAAGUUUGCCUACAAGAAUGCGAUUUUGACACUACAGAAAGCAACAAUUUCAUGGAAUUGUUCGACACAACUUUAUAUUCCGUUGAUCUUUCGAAAUGGGCAAAAGCAAUUCAAACUUAUGAAGAUGUUGGAUUAAAACAUGAACCUCUGACCCUAAUUGUUCCUCAGUUUGAAGUUCCGCUGCCGCCCUUGGAACCUGCGGUAUUUCCGCCAGAAUUUGGUGAGUUGCCACCACCAAAACUGGAACUGUUCGACUUAGAUGACAUGUUUGCUUCAACAGAAACUCAGCUUGCACGGCUAGCCAACAAAUGUGGGGAAGACGAUUGUGCGUACUUCUUGAAAGAGGCUGGUGAAAUACUUGGCAUUACCAGGAACCUACCUCACAACGACCGAACCCCAAAAAGAAUACUCGAAUAUGUAUUAAUUCAAGUAUCAGAAUUCAAGAAGCUCAAUCAGGAAGAAGAUGAAGUCGAUCAAAACUUCACAGAGGACUUGAAUGCAUUCCACGCAACGCUUGAUCAAGACUCAGAACAAUUUUUAAACGAUAUGGAUGACUACGAUGAAUUACCCUGA